GUAAGAAAAAACUAUAAUAAAUCUUCGUAGGGGAGUGAGGGGUCCCAAACCAUUUUUUUGGCCAAGGUGCGCCCAUAUAAAGCGGCGCAGGGGCUCAAAGCAGUCAUUCACUUGAUCGCUCGCCGAACUAUCGAAGCUCCGAUAACUUCCAAACUUACCUGUUCCGUGUGUUCACGCUGUACGCUACGGUUUAGCAUCACUUUAACAUGGUCCACGAAUUUCAAAAAAAAGUUGCGGAUUACGGCCUCUACUCUUCAUACAUCAAGACCGAAACACCAAAAAUGAUACGCAUCGCACCAGCGCCGGAGCUGAACUAUUCAAAUGUGGAUAUGCAAGAUAUUGAACCAAAAAAGUAUAACUAUAAAAACAACCCACACUCAGGCGCUCAGGCUGCUUCAAUUGCGCGAAGAAACGCCAGGGAAAGGAAUCGAGUGAAGCAAGUGAACGAUGGAUUUAAUGCGCUGCGGAAGAGACUGCCAGCUGCCGUUAUAGCUGCUCUGUCGGGCGGGGCACGCCGUGGUUCCGGAAAGAAACUAAGCAAAGUGGACACGCUCAGAAUGGUGGUCGAAUACAUUAAGCACUUGCAACAAAUUCUGGAUGAAAGCGACGUCACUUUGGGUAUCAAAAGAGAUACGCCAACUACUUGUAUGGAGCUACCCUACGAGGUUGAUGAAGGUAUUUUUGCGGGUCGUAACUCACCAUAUUCAGAGUCAGUGCCAUCACCAGCCGGGUCGGAUUGCUCUUCGGGUGUGUCGUCAUCGUAUUCUGGCAACGCUCCGUGUUCUGAGUACACCGCGCACCAUCAUCACGCCAUAGAACAAUUAAGUCCAAUGGAAGAGGAUGAUCUGCUUGACGCAAUUACCUGGUGGCAACAAAAGUAAAGUUUCUUUAUUGUUAAAAUAGAUAAUCAGAUCUAGUCAUAUAUGUAAGGAAUAAUGUAUAAUUAUUUAUUAAUGUAAAUAAUAAGGCU